AUGGUGGCCCACCACCGUCAUUUCAACAUUUUCCCUGCCAUGAAGUUUCUUGCCGGUCUCGUCCACGUCGCCGUUGCGUCCCAAAUCGUGUUUGAUACCCACACGCCCCCCGAGGGUGCCCACUCCGACUACAUCACGGACAAGCUCGGCGAAGCCGUGCGAUUCCGCAGCCCCCAGCACGACGAGUGCGGCGCCCCAGAGGAGCGUACCGUCGACCGUGUCACCUUUUGGAUGGACACGUCCACCGUGGCCCACAACACGAAGCUGCGAGUCGCUAUUUGCCCUUCUGUCGACGGUACGGAACUACCUUGCUGGGGGCAUUGCAAUGGGGGGCUCAUGGUGGACUAUAGGCGUUCCGGGCUGCCCCGAUUCCAACAAAUUUGA